GUGAACCUAAUUCUAUGAGUAGAACCAUCCUUUACUAAACGUGAGAAACUGAGAAUGAAACCUUCUUCAAUCUGCUGAUCCGAAGCGCUGUCACAACACGUGGUUCUGCCUUGUGACCUUUCAUCCGCUACUUUUCUUCAAAUUCCUCUCCCGAGAUGGCCAAAGCCAAGACGAGCAAGGUGAAGAGGACGAACAAGGCGAACACGAAGCUGAGGAGGCAGGGCAAGCUGAGGCACAAGAGGAACAAAAAAACCGCCGUGAAGUCGAAGCAUCGGCCCCAGCCCUCAGCCGAAGAGUUCAUGGAAGAUGAAGAACCGCCGAAGGACGUCGGCAAGGAAAUGGCAUCUAUGAUCGACCCCGAAGACCUGGAAUUCCUCAAGGAUGCCGUUGUCAGAGGAAGCUAUUCCAUGUUCCAGGGGCCGAAUUUCAAUAGAGAAAGGAAGUUAUUGAAAAGAAAAGCCGACAAUGGAACAUUGGACAUUGAAACCAAAUUUGAGAUGGAGAGCGAGGAGAGAGAUCCCAACAUGAGGAAAAAGUUGCUCUUGCCAAUCAAAACCAAGACUGGCCUCAUUAGAAGAGAAAUUGAAGUUGAAGUGAAAGAUGUGCCUGAAAAAGCAGGUAGAAAGAAGAAAAAGAAAGGCAAGGUAGAGGAAGAAACGACCGAAGAAGUAAAAAAAGAAGAAGAAGAUGAUGAUAAUUUUGAAAUUGAACGGGAUGAAAAAGACCUGUCAAAGCCGAUCAGUGUCGCUGAAAUGCUCGCAUGGAGGGAAUCGUCUAUAGCUCAGUACAAAUUCAAAAUUGGAAUUUUAGCCAGUGCAUUGUUGGAAAACCCAGAGCAAAAGGUUUUAAAUAUUCAAAGGCUGUUGGAAGUAUAUGAUGACUGGCAUCCGGAGCUUCAAAUCACUCUGAAAAAACUUGUAAUGGUCUCAUUGCUCGAAGUUUUCAAGGAUAUUCUGCCAUCAUACCAGAUCAAACAUCAAGACAAUAAGGAAUCGAAUGUCAAAUUAAAGAAAGAGACAAGAGAACUACAAACGUUUGAAAAAAGUUUGUUGAAAGGCUAUCGAGGGUAUUUGACCAAACUGGAAAAAGCGGCAGCUAAGUUAUUUAAGAAAAAAGGUGAUACUCGUGUCAGAACAAAGCAAGAACUAGAACUUGGUGAGCUAGGAAUAAAUGCGCUCUGUGAACUUCUCACUACGCAUCCUUAUUUCAAUUAUAGUAAAAACAUAGUACGACUAUUGGUACCAUAUCUUGAUAGUAAAUAUCCGGCAGUCAGAUCGAGAAUUAGCAGUGCUAUUACAAAUAUUUUUAUGCACGAUAAAAGAGGAGAAAUCACUCUCGAGAUAGUCAGAAGAAUAAAUGAUCUGGUGAAAACACGAAAACAUGCAGUAAGGCCGGAUGCGAUCACCGUUCUUUCUUAUUUAAAGAUCAAUGAUAUUAACUUAGACGACAUGAAAAAUGCAGAAAUGAAAGAGAAAAAACUUCAAGAGAAGAAAAAGAGGAUAAUCAACCUGUCAAAAAAAGAGAAAAAAAGACAGAAGAGAAUAGCAGAAAUAGAGAAAGAACUAUUGGAAACAAAAGCGGAAGAGAAUAAACAGCAGCAGAAGGCGCUUUUAACAGAAGUGAUAAAAUUAGUAUUCACAAUAUAUUUUAGAAUUUUAAAAAGCGCCCCUUCGUCGGGACUGCUGAGCGCGGCACUUCAAGGCUUGGCGAAAUUCACCCACUGCAUCAACAUCGAGUUUUAUCAGGAUCUCGUCGUCGUAUUGCACAACCUGCUUGCAAACGGCAAUUUAAAUGUAAAGGAACGGCUCAAUUCGAUUCUCACCAUUUUCAAAAUACUUUCCGGCCAGGGCGAGUCGCUGAGCAUCGACCCGAACAAAUUUUACACCCACCUUUAUGCGAUCAUGUUAAACGUUCAUUUGGAUAAUUAUAAAAAUGAGAAUGAACAGCUUCUACUUCAGUGUUUGGAUCUAGUGAUUUUGGGCAGGAGGAAAAAACUGACGUUCAGCAGGUUGUUGGCAUUCAUAAAACGCCUUGGGACUAUCUCUUUGUAUCAAGAACACCAUGUGGCAAUCGCCUGUCUUACAAUCAUGCGCCAAAUGUUUCAGUUGAACAAAGGUGUGGAUAAAUUAUUAGAAAUUGAUACAAGUAUUGGACAGGGUGUGUAUUUACCAGAACUUCAAGACCCUGAGUAUUGUAAUGCGGUGUCGACUGCACUAUACGAGAUGCCAUUAUUAUCGAACCAUUAUCAUCCCACUGUGAGGCAAAUCUCAGACCAUGUUGUCAAUUUGAUGCCACCAACUGGAAAAUUUAGCUUAGCCCCUGAAAUUGUUAAGUUAUCAAGUGCUGAAAUUUAUAAAGAUUUCGAUCCGAGCGAGAUGGCCUUCAAACCAUCGAUUCCGAUGCCAAAGAAGAAAGAAGUUCCCAAAAUUAAAAACGCCACAAUUAAAGAUAAAGCUCUGGCAGCACUGUGCGAUAAAGUUUUAGCAAAAGAAAUUAAAGCCGAUUUUUCAGAAUUACUCGACAAGAAACCUAUUAAAGUGAAGAAAGAGGGGAAGGAAGAUAUUUAACAAAAUAACAAUUUGGACAUUCACUUGUAAAUAAUUGUAAAUAAUUUGUUUUUAUCAUUUUCCGAUUA